AUGUCUGACAACUUCUCUCCAAUUGCAUCUCACCCAAUCUUUGGAACAUCCAUUAUCACCAAUGAAGAUUCUCAAAGAUUCUUCUUCACUUCCCAUCAAGGAACUAGAAUGGUCCUAUUACAAGGUUGUAUCUUGAAAUGGUGUAAUGUCAUAGAUACGACAUACCAUUCCAUGAAAGUAAAGUCCAUUUUUAACAACAAACGCAAAAUUAUUGAUGUUAAAUUAAGUGAAUCUGGUGAUUUCUUAUGUAUCUACACUACCAAGACAAUUGAUAUACUUGAAAUUCCAUGGGGGUACGAAAAGAUCCCAGAUGAAUUAUUAUCAAAAUUUCAACCAUUUCAUUACGAUAUCUCCUCUUCCACCUCUGCUUUAUCAUCACCUAGUGAUAUUAAACAAGUCCUUUUCCAUCCAAAAUCAUAUCACGAAACUUGUUUAGUUAUUCUCUAUGAGGAUUCCAUCAUUCAAUUAAUUGAUACCACUGCAUCUACAGAAACAAUCACUAUUAAUCAACCCACUGGAACAUUAGGUGUGGAAACAAGAGUCAUCGAUAUUGAAUCCAUCUGUUUCGACAAAACAACUGGAUUGAUUCUUUAUGCUUUGAGUAUCAGUGACGGCGGUGAUAUUUACGCCUUAUAUCCAUGUUUACCGACUCGUUUAGAUGUUUCUAAGAAAGAAGUGGACUUAUUGCUGCAAAAAUCUAUUGUACUUUAUGAUUCUUUGAAAGAAAAUAUGUCAAAUGAUGUUAAAAGGAAUGUUAUCAAACAACUUCAAUUCGCUACUAAAUUACAAGGUCAAUUCUUAGAACAAUUGAAAGGCGAAAAAGAUGAAGAAAGAACAAGACAUGCACAGAAAGAUUUGAAAUUGAUUUUGGAUGUUGAUUUGGAGUAUAGAUUGGUUAACUUCCAAGGACCGUUCACCAUUUCACCUUUCCCUAAUGAAUUAUAUAGUGCCACUGCUAAGGAGAGUCAAUGUAUGAAAAUCAAUGAAAACAAUGAGCUAUUAAUAAUGACUUUCGAUGACGGGAGUGUGGCGCUUUUAUUUAGAGAUUUGGAACUCACAAUGUCAUGGGAUAUUGCCAAUUAUAUUCAUGAUAACUCAUUUGCUCUAGUUGAAUUAAUUAAACUGAAACCAACUGAUAUAGGCAGAUUAAUCAUCUAUCAAGAUAACUUUGGUAAAUUUUUCCUUUUGAGCGAUGAUGUUAUCAUGUUAGUACAUACGAAUUCGUGGUCAGACAAGUUAGCCAAAGCUAUCGAUGAUUCUAAUUUGAAUAUUUUAUCAGAAAUUGGAUUUGAAAGCGAAAUUACUUGGUUUGAUGUUAUGGGCAAAUUCAAUAACUGUACACCUUGUAAAUAUCAUGGUAAAGAAUCCAUUAUAUUCGUGUCUUCAGAUAAUGUCUUUGUGGAAAACCUAACGAAGAAGCAUUCUAUGAAUAAUAUUAAGGGAUCAUCAACUUCAAAUUCCAAUGAGGAAACCGCGGAAAGUGAAUAUAAAGUAACUUUCAAGCAACCAAUUGAUGAAUUGAUGACAUUAAAUGAAUUAUUUCAAAAACAAUGUCGUAUGCCAUUUAGUAAGUUAAUUAAACCAGAAGAUAGACAAAUUGAAUUAUCUAAUGAAUCGAAUGAAAUACAAUUAGAAAUCCUGACAGAUUUAUCUAAAGAAUUAAUUACUAAAAUCAUUGAUGGUCAAACGUUAGGAUUCAACCUACAUAACAGGCUGAAAGAACAACAAUUAGAAUUGACACGACAAUUGAAACAUACUCAAAUUGUCUUUGAAAAGCAAGAUUGUAUUAAGAAUAAGAAUAAAGAAAUAUUGAAGAGAUGGAAUGAACAAUUAAAUAGAUCAGUGAAAUUAACUGAUAGAUUACAAAACUUGAAUGAAAAAUUAAUCACUAUAAAUGACUCACCAAAUUUAUCUUCGUAUCCAAUUACUUCAGUUGAAUUAGAAUGGUUUAAAGAAAUUAGAAACCAAGUCCAUAAGUUUAAUUCAUUUGUUCAUACCCAAAGAGAUGCUAAUGAAGAGCUUUCAUUCUUAAAGAAGGAAUUAGAUCGUAUAAGUAAUGAUGUUACAUCUGUAGUAGAUGAGAAAUCCAAGAAGGAAUGGGAGGAAUUACGUGCCAUACUGGAACAAGAUUCCAAAAUUAUUAAAGAAUGUAACAUUGAAUUGACAAAGACGACGGAAUCUAUGGCUGGCAUCGGCUCUAAAUAA